GGGCAGCGCUGCCCCGGAGCCGAAGCGGCCAAAAACCUUCCGACCACAGAAGCCCACAACACAGCGGGCCGUUGAGAAGUCAAGCUUGGCUUCGGUUGGGCCGGAGGAGUCUGCCGGCAACUUGUUGCAUGCAGCUGCGCGCCGACAGAGCGUGGAGUUUGCAUCAGGCCGUGCGCGGGAUGCGCCACAGACCGCAGAACGCUUUUCUGGCAUGUCCCUGAAGAGUUUUGGAUUGACCUCUAGCCUGGGCAGUGGCGUAGCCCCACGGAAGGCCAAGGAGAGAAAGGAGGGCAGGUCCAUGGACCUCAUGGACUUGGCAUUUUCUGGAGGUGUCCAGACCUGGAAUGGGCAGCACAUGCCCAGUUACACUCCGAUAUCUUUGCCAUACUUCAAUGUGGAGGAGGAAGGCUCUGGCGUUGCUGACGCGUCCGAGGAGAAGAAGAGAAGGCCAAAACUUGUACAUAUUGACGAAGCAAACUCGAAGGCAGCGGAGAAGCUGCUUGGGCCCAACAAGGAGCUGCUGGAAGACAGCUACUUCUUGCUGCAGAUGCCAUGUGUGCUCCCGGAGAUGAGCAAGCCAGAAGAUGAGCUCUUUCGAGAGGGGGAGGAUGCAGCUUCAGCCGGGGCAGGUGCCACCAUUACGCGACUUCCAGAUGGCAAGCUGGGGAAGCUUCGCGUCUACAAGUCCGGAAAAGUGCGGAUGGAGGUAGGUGGCAUCUCCUUCUGCGUCGAUCAGGGCUGCGAGACUUUCUUUCAGCAGGACCUGGCACUGGUGUGUCCACUGGCGGGCGAAUUCUUCAACCUGGGGCGACUAAACACCAGGCUGGUGCUCACGCCAGACCUCGACGCAAUCUUGGCACAAGUGCCCGAAAUGCUACCUCCGCCAGAGGAGCCGGUCAGAGAGCAAGUGCUUGCACCCAGAAAGGAUCCCGUCCCGCCGGCGCAAAUGCAGAUGCCGGUUAUGCCGCAGUCACGUGGCAAGGGACGCGAGGGUCGCGGGCGAGGAUCUCGG